GCUGCCGGGCGCCUUCCCCUCGCCAGGGCAGAUAGGGCAUUGCCGUAAGCGCAGCUGCGGGGCUCUAGGCGUGGAAGUGACUUGGAAUCGCGAUGGCACGGAGGUGUGACAGCACGCGUGGGCUUCCGACCCUGCCCGCCAGCGCGCUUGCGGCAGGUCUUUUCCUAGUGACGAGUUGUAGUGUUUGGCGUGAGUCUGUUUUGUUUUUAAGGGCUUACGGUUGAUACUUUCUGGAAGGGUGAGCGCUGAUUUUUCAGUCUGCCGUUCAAUAUUGGCCUUAUUACGCAUGUGGUGUUUUCCUAAUUCUAUCUUAUUCUGUGGCUCUUCUUCCAUAAAAUGUCUGCGAGAUGUAUUUCUUGACCAAAGCGGUCCAGUGUAUGUUAUCUACCAUAUCUGUGAUCAAACCCUUGGUGUAAUCGAAGUAGUGUUAAUUUCAGUGCAAUAGGAAAGUUUACUGACAUGAAGAUGCAAUUCCAGACAAACGUCAGAAGAAGAUUUUAAGGUAGUUAGUGGGGGGAUUGCUUUCAGCGUCUAGCAUACUGAUGUAUGGUGUGGUAGGUACUCUCUGACUUCUAAAGUAGAAGUAGAUCCUCUUUUAGUUUUGUAAAACUACUUCCUGUCUGAAGCAACUUGGUUGAGGGUAAGCUGUACAUGAUCAACACAUGGUAGAAGAAAUCAAGAGUAACAGCUUAUUUAACCCUGCCUGGGCUGAUUAGGCCAGAAUCAUGAUAAAAUCGGUGUGACUUGCAGGGAAGCCUGGCUUCAAAUGAGAAAGCAGCUUUUAGCUUAUUCUGUUUAAAGUUACUUCUUAAAAGAUUUCAGGGAAGAUGAUGUAACUUUGAUCUCCUUUUGUCAAAACUGGCCUAGGUCAGUGUUGCCACGGCUGUUUACAAAACUUGUCAAUACUGAAGAAGGAAAAUGGUAAAUAUAGUUGUCAUUUAAUCUCUUGCAGGAGGUCAGUGCCUGCACUACUUCAGACUAAUUAGCACGGGAUUAAUGGAUCAUCUCUCUAGUAUCCAAAUAAGCACAGCAAACUUUGAUUGCCCUUGAUGAUUCAUGCUUGUUGGGAUAGCUGUAGUUUUUUUGUUUUAAGUGCUAACUGUACCUCACAGCCUGUUUAACUCUGGCAUUAGGAACUUCUCAUUGACUGACUGCAAUUGUUCAUAUGGAUGCAGAGCCAAUGGUGUGUCGAGUUAGAGGUCUGCGGUGAGAGCCACGGUGCUUACUGCAGCUUCAGAGAACUGAUGCAUCCAGUGGGCUGCAUCUGCUUACAUACUCUUAAAAGUAUUCUAGCGUUUGUCUCCUGAAAUCUUACUUUUAAUUGAUAAUGCUAGUAGCCAUUAGAUGGCCUGCAGAACCAACGUAGAAAAAGCUCUAAAGCUCCCUGGAUUUGCAGUCUUGGGUUUAGUUUAGGAUUAUUUUAAGUUUCUUGCUGCACGUUGAAGUUUAUCCAAACAUGAGCCUCUCUCCUCUUUUCUCCUCUGGAGCUAUGAGCCUCUGAUUUAAAUGGAUACUGCCAGGUUGACACAACCUCAUGAUACUAAGUUGGGCCCUAAGUUUUAAUGUUGCUUUAAUAUUGCAUUCUUACAUUCCAUUAUUUUUUUCUUCCUCCUCUUUGCUACUCCAGCAAGUGUCACUGGCAAGAAGAAACUGUCUGUAGAAUGGAGGGAAGAAACUUUUGUUAUACCAAGUGCUGGCACAUACAGACAAAAAAAAUGAAAAUAUACUAAUUCAAAUUGCUUUAUGUGCAGUGUCAAAUGAGGCUGUGAUAGAUUUUUUUUUCCUAAAAGUCUGUUUAAUCUUGUCAACAUGGUAUCUCAGUCUAACACUUUGAAGAAAUUAACUAAAGAUUAGAGUGACUAGCUUGCAUCUGAGUACUUUCUUAAGCCUCUAAUAAUUUCUUCCAUAUAAAUAAGCGCAGCUUCUUCUGAAGCUGUUACUUUUGUCCAAAUAUAUUACCUUCUCCUCCACAUCUAUUAAGAGACUAUACCUGUCCUUAUGCUUGUUCCUUACUGUUCUUUUUAGAAGAAUGCCUAAACUUUUUCUCAUUCUUUGUGUUAGAACUUGAAAUUUGCCAAAAUUGUGCUCCAGUUGAAAAGUAUUUCACUGUUAACAGCAGUGAUGUGUUCAUGAUAUAAAGGAUAUGACAAAAUUGUUUUUGUCUAUAUGGAAAUAUGUUUUUAAUUUAGUUUAGAAUAAAUAUAUCCUUUCCUCCAUUUCCAGAUUGCAUCAAUUUUCAGAGAAAAUUGGGAGUUUAUUUCCUGAAUGUAGCAAGGGUGACUAUCAUUAACUUUUGAACUUUAAAUCUAUAAUGAAAAAGUGUGGCUGUUCUUACCAUAAAUGGUAAUAGGAAUCUAUAUAUAAAUAUUUAUAUUCCUACUGCCAUACGAGAUAUAUAUAUAUAUAGAAAGAGAGAGAGAGAUAGGAAAAUAGACUAUGUAAAUAACUGUAUUCCAUCUUGGGAGUUCUGUCAAGUUCCUAAACUACAGUCAUAAACAAACAUCACUACAAUUUUGAGAACGAAAUGUAGCAUUAACGUAUAUAUGCUUUAGGGAAUACAUUGUUGUUUUGUACCUGGAAGAGUAGAGCUGUUGAAAAGCCAUAAGCUGCUUGGAACACUUUCAUUUGCAACCUUGGAAAACUAUGUAAGAUUUUUCUGCCCUGUCAGAAAGCCUUCCCAACUAUAGUACACCUGAAAGGAUACUGCAGUGAAUGAUAAGGUAUAUCUCAUACAUAUUUAUUUGGCUUUCAUAGGGCCUCCGGCAAGCCUUUUCCAGCCACCCCGUCGCCCUGGCCUGGGAACUGUUGGGAAACCCAUCCGCCUCUUAGCCAAUCAUUUUCAGGUUCAGAUCCCUAAGAUUGAUGUUUAUCACUAUGAUGUAGAUAUCAAACCAGAAAAGCGCCCCCGAAGAGUGAACAGAGAAGUGGUGGAUACUAUGGUGCGACACUUCAAAAUGCAGAUAUUUGGUGAUCGGCAGCCUGGAUACGAUGGGAAAAGGAACAUGUAUACCGCGCACCCGUUACCUAUUGGCCGGGAUAGAGUGGAUAUGGAGGUGACACUUCCAGGAGAGGGGAAGGACCAGACGUUUAAAGUAUCCAUUCAGUGGGUGUCAGUAGUCAGCCUUCAGUUGCUGCUGGAAGCUCUGGCAGGGCAUUUGAAUGAAGUUCCUGAAGAUUCUGUACAGGCACUUGAUGUGAUCACACGGCAUCUUCCCUCCAUGAGGUACACUCCUGUGGGUCGCUCCUUCUUCUCCCCUCCUGAGGGUUAUUACCACCCUCUGGGAGGUGGCAGGGAGGUCUGGUUUGGUUUCCACCAGUCCGUAAGGCCUGCCAUGUGGAACAUGAUGCUCAACAUUGACGUGUCAGCAACUGCUUUCUAUCGCGCCCAGCCUAUCAUUGAGUUCAUGUGCGAGGUCUUGGACAUUCAGAACAUCAAUGAACAAACCAAACCUCUUACAGACUCCCAACGUGUCAAGUUUACCAAAGAAAUCAGAGGUCUAAAGGUAGAGGUUACGCACUGUGGCCAGAUGAAGAGAAAAUACCGAGUUUGCAAUGUUACUCGACGACCAGCCAGUCAUCAGACGUUUCCUCUACAGCUGGAAAAUGGGCAGGCUAUGGAGUGUACAGUAGCUCAGUAUUUUAAGCAGAAGUACAGUCUGCAACUAAAAUACCCGCACCUUCCCUGUCUUCAAGUAGGACAGGAACAGAAACACACAUACUUACCACUGGAGGUAUGUAACAUUGUGGCAGGCCAGAGAUGUAUCAAGAAGCUAACAGACAAUCAGACAUCCACAAUGAUAAAAGCAACUGCAAGAUCUGCACCAGACCGACAGGAAGAAAUCAGCAGACUGGUGAAAAGUAACAGUAUGGUUGGUGGACCUGAUCCAUAUCUGAAGGAGUUUGGUAUUGUUGUCCAUAAUGAAAUGACAGAGUUAACAGGCAGAGUUUUACCAGCACCAAUGUUGCAAUAUGGAGGCAGAAACAAGACUGUGGCUACACCAAACCAAGGUGUGUGGGACAUGAGAGGGAAGCAGUUCUAUGCUGGCAUUGAGAUUAAAGUUUGGGCUGUUGCCUGCUUUGCUCCUCAAAAACAAUGCAGGGAAGACUUAUUAAAGAGUUUUACUGACCAGCUGCGGAAGAUCUCCAAGGAUGCAGGGAUGCCAAUCCAAGGACAGCCCUGUUUCUGCAAAUAUGCCCAAGGAGCAGACAGCGUGGAGCCCAUGUUUAAACACUUGAAACUGACUUAUGUUGGUCUGCAGCUGAUUGUGGUGAUUUUGCCUGGAAAGACACCUGUGUAUGCUGAAGUAAAGCGGGUUGGUGACACUCUUCUAGGAAUGGCCACUCAGUGUGUUCAGGUAAAGAAUGUGGUGAAAACCUCACCACAAACACUGUCCAACCUUUGUCUGAAGAUAAAUGCAAAGCUUGGAGGAAUCAACAAUGUGCUUGUACCUCAUCAAAGGCCCUCGGUGUUCCAGCAGCCAGUGAUCUUUUUGGGAGCAGAUGUCACUCACCCUCCUGCUGGUGAUGGAAAGAAGCCUUCCAUAGCUGCUGUAGUAGGCAGCAUGGAUGGCCAUCCUAGCCGUUACUGUGCUACAGUGCGUGUGCAAACCUCCCGGCAGGAGACCUCCCAGGAAUUACUGUACAGUCAGGAGGUGAUACAGGACCUGACUAACAUGGUGCGAGAACUAUUGAUCCAGUUCUACAAAUCCACUCGUUUCAAGCCUACAAGGAUCAUUUACUACAGAGGGGGAGUAUCAGAAGGGCAGAUGAAGCAGGUAGCUUGGCCAGAACUUAUAGCAAUCCGGAAGGCCUGUAUUAGUUUGGAAGAAGAUUAUAGACCAGGAAUAACUUACAUUGUUGUGCAGAAAAGGCAUCACACCAGACUGUUCUGUGCUGACAAAACUGAAAGGGUGGGUAAAAGUGGCAAUGUACCUGCAGGCACUACUGUGGACAGCACGAUAACGCAUCCUUCUGAAUUUGACUUUUACCUCUGUAGCCACGCAGGAAUUCAGGGAACCAGCCGGCCCUCACACUAUCAGGUCCUGUGGGAUGACAACUGUUUUACUGCAGAUGAGCUACAGCUGUUGACGUAUCAGCUGUGUCACACGUAUGUCCGGUGUACGCGAUCAGUCUCUAUUCCAGCUCCCGCUUACUAUGCUAGGCUGGUAGCAUUUAGGGCCAGAUACCAUCUUGUGGACAAGGAUCAUGACAGUGCUGAAGGCAGCCAUGUGUCAGGACAGAGCAAUGGCCGUGAUCCUCAGGCUCUGGCUAAGGCAGUACAGAUCCACCAUGAUACUCAACAUACGAUGUAUUUUGCUUGAGAGCUUCUGGGAAGAUGAGGCAAAACCUACAACCCAUGCAGUCCUGAAAUGUUUUGAAUGCCUACUGCUAUAGUUAGGGCCCAGUUUAUUUCAAACUGCCCACUACCAGCAGCUCUGAACAGUCGCACUGAAUCUGUACUUCACAGCAAUGUCUGAUGCACCAACACAAUUGAGCCAUUUGUUUCAUUAUUUUACGUAACAGAAAUUCAUAGACUGUCUUUUCUGAUGCAUUGGACUGAAUUUUUACCUCAAAGCGCAAAAGGCCGAUCAUCCUGAAAUUUUUAAAGGACUUGGCACGAAAGGUUUCUAUUGAAUAUUUUGCUAGCUAUGGUUUUUAAGUUAUCUUCUCAUCCCGUUUAUCAUGAUGACUGAUUCCCUGUCUUCAUGCACUGCUUAGUGAGUAUGCAUAUUAUGGCAAAAUGUUUUACUCCAGUUAAAUGUAAUUGUUCUAUUGUGUGGGGCCAUAGAUUUUUUAAUGGAGAUUUUAGAUUUCACUACUGUAAAUGCCUUUUAACAAACAUAACUUUCACAGGUAUUGCAGUUUUUUGUCAGUUUUACUAAUUAUCUUUUUAAUCUCUGCAGACUUUGGCUGCAAAGCAAUUGCACUAUACUGCGAGUUCAACUAGGUGGUUCUUGUUCUGUGAAUGUGUAACAUAACCAGAUAGUGAUGCCUGUCAGUAAGUUUUAAUUACAAUGGUUACAAAUAAUACUGCCAUGGUAUCGUAACAAGUACUGAACCAUCAUUUCCCCCUCUAAAAAUGAUUUAAAA